AUGGCUGCGGAUUCAACUGUCGUCUCCAACACGGAGAAUCUCCUGAAGUACAUGAACCUUGACCAGCGCGGUCGCGUACAAGCUGAGUACGUCUGGAUCGAUUCCACUGGAGGCACUCGCUCCAAGACAAAGACCCUCUCCAAGGCCCCUAAGAGCGUCGACGAACUCCCCGAAUGGAACUUCGACGGUUCCUCCACCGGCCAAGCCCCAGGCGACAACUCCGAUGUCUACCUGCGCCCCGUCGCUAUCUACCCUGAUCCUUUCCGCCGGGGUGACAACAUCCUCGUCCUUUGUGAAACUUGGGACUCAGAUGGAUCUCCCAACAAGUUCAACUACCGCCAUGAUGCUGCCCGUCUCUUCGAGACCCACGCCAAGGAGGGAUUCUGGUUCGGUCUGGAGCAAGAAUACACACUUCUCGGCACUGACGGCUGGCCCUACGGCUGGCCCAAGAACGGCUUCCCCGGUGCUCAGGGACCUUAUUACUGUGGUGUUGGUACCGGCAAGGUCUACUGCCGUGACAUCGUCGAGGCUCACUACCGUGCCUGUCUCUACGCCGGUAUUGAGAUCUCCGGUAUCAACGCCGAGGUGAUGCCUUCCCAGUGGGAGUACCAGAUUGGCCCUUGCCCUGGCAUCUCCAUGGGUGACCACCUCUGGAUGUCCCGAUUCAUCCUCCACCGUGUUGCUGAAGAGUUCGGUGUGCGCAUCUCAUUUGAGCCCAAGCCUAUCAAGGGUGACUGGAACGGCGCUGGUCUGCACUCCAACGUCUCUACUGAGGCUACUCGUGCCGAGGGUGGCCUGAAGGUCAUCGAGAACUACAUGAAGAAGCUCGAGGCCCGUCACGUUGAGCACAUUGCCGUCUAUGGUGAGGGUAAUGAGGAACGUCUUACCGGUCGCCACGAGACCGGUGACAUCGAGAAGUUCUCAUAUGGUGUUGCCGACCGUGGUGGCAGUAUCCGUAUCCCCCGCCAGGUCGCCAAGGACGGCAAGGGCUACUUCGAGGACCGUCGUCCCGCCUCCAACGCCGACCCCUACCAGAUCACCGGUAUCAUUGCCGAGACUCUUUGUGGCGGCGUUUAA